AUGUCGGAUCCGUCUUUGGGCGCCUCAGAUGGCAACCUGACGAACAAGCGCAAGCGUGAAGGCGAUGACAGCACGGGUCCGGACCCCCAGCGCAUGAACCGCUCCUCCAACGGGAGCAAUGGCAGCAUGCCGGCCCCUGACACCCAAAAUUUCACCCACAGCUCGCUUGGCUCUUAUGAUCACGGUCUUCCCACGUCUACUUCAGAACUUAACAUCGACCAGCAAAUUCUCCAGCAUGUUGGACCGCAGAACGGCAUGUCAGAUGAGAACGCGCUCACUGCCAAGGCCGCAUUGGCUGCGCACAACCCUCAGAACAAAUACCCACCGCCUCCCGAGCCUACGUUUGACGCCAACAAUCUCACUCAUAGCUUGACGUUUGGGGAUGACAUGGGCCAAGCUAUGGGUCCUACCCACGGCCACAAUUCUACUGCGGCAGCAGUUUACGCUGCGCGCGAAGCUCAGAGUAUGAACCAGAAGCCAUCUGUUGGUUCUCCUGAGUGGCAUCAGAUUCGAAAGAACAACCAUAAAGAAGUGGAACGUCGGCGCCGCGAAGCAAUCAAUGAAGGUAUCAAUCAGUUGGCUCGUCUAGUACCCAAUUGCGACAAGAAUAAGGGCGCCAUUCUCCAGCGUACAAUUGAGUAUAUCUGUCAGCUCCACGAUGAGAAAAAAGCGAUGAGUGAACGGUGGGAGCAGAACAACAUGACCACCAGUCAUGCUAUCAAUGAGAUCAGUGCCCAAAACUCGAAGUUGAAGCUCGAGGUCAAUCGUCGUGGAGAUAUCGCGCAGAAAUGGCUGCAACGUUGCCGCGAUGCAGGCCUCGAGUUUGACGAUUACGACGCCGAAGAGCUUGAGCCGCUUGAAGUUGACCAAGGCCAGGUCUGA